AACUCAGGUUUGAUCACCUCCGAUUCGCAUUAAUAAAGCCUUUGAGGGUCUUCGUCGUGACCGCGUGAUUGUGCGUAGGAGAGCUGUAGGAAACGACGGCAAAAAUGUCAGAGUUAUGCGCCUCGCGUGAUAAUCCUCCCGUGGCCUCAUUAGUAGUAAGAAGUUUAUGUGAAGAUGCUGGACAGAGUAUUGCGUGGACUUGGGGGAACUCGACUGUGCUCAAAGGAGUAUCUCCCGAGUAUCUCACUUCUGAUGCAUCGAUCUGUAGAUACCUCGCUCGUCUGAAGACCGACUUGCAUCUAUAUGGACAGGACGAAUUUGAGCAAGUGCAUGUUGAUCACUGGAUGGGAUUCGCUCAGUGUAACCUGAAGCAUAGAAAAAAUAUCGAUGAUGCGCUUCUCAAUUUGGACGAUCGCCUGCGUCGUUCCACAUACCUGGCUGGGAAUACAGCUUCUAUUGCAGAUUACUACGUUUAUGCCGCUCUUAAAUGUUGCGAGUCAUUUGACUUAGCCAAGGCGGGGCUUAACCUAAAGCGUUGGUUCACUUUCGUCAGCAAGGACAAGGCCGUUGUGAAAGUCUUCUCCGAUAUUUUGCCGUCAUUGCCGUCCAAAAAAUCGAGUUCUAAGAGCAUCGCGCCGAAAUCCUCGACGUCAAAGAUGAAGGAGGAGGGGAAGUUUGUAGCGCUUCCAGGUGCGGAGAUCGGGAAAGUUGUCGUGCGAUUUCCUCCUGAAGCCAGCGGGUACCUCCACAUUGGGCAUGCCAAAGCCGCGCUGCUUAAUCAGCAUUACCAGAAGUCAUUCCAAGGCAAAUUGAUCUUAAGGUUCGACGAUACCAAUCCAGAGAAAGAAAAAGAAGAUUUCGAGCAUGCAAUUUUGGAAGACGUUAAUUUGCUCAAUAUUGAACCCGACAUGUUUUCCUUCACGAGCAACUUUUUCGAAGCCAUGCUUGGUUAUUGUGAAGAACUCAUCAAUGCUGGAAAAGCUUUUGUUGAUGACACUGAUCCGGAACGCAUGAAGCAGGAGCGCGAACAGAUGAUAGAAUCAAGAAAUCGGAACAACAGUGUCGAAAAGAACUUAAGUUUAUGGGAAGAAAUGAAGAAAGGUUCGGAAAUUGGCGUGCAGUGCUGCGUGAGACUGAAAAUAGCGAUGGAUUCUCCGAAUGGGUGCAUGAGAGACCCAACUAUUUAUCGUUGCAAACCCCAGCCUCAUCCAAAAACUGGUGACAAAUACAAAGUUUAUCCAACGUAUGACUUCGCCUGCCCCAUUGUCGACAGUCUAGAAGGUGUUACACAUGCGCUUCGUACGACAGAAUAUCACGACCGAGAUGAACAGUAUUUUUGGAUCAUUGAUGCAUUGAACCUACGGAAGCCAUUCAUUUACGAGUAUGCUCGCCUCAAUAUGACGAACACUGUAUUGUCGAAGCGUCGCUUAAGGUGGCUCGUUGAGAAUCAUAUCGUUGAAGGCUGGGAUGAUCCAAGAUUUCCCACUGUUCGUGGGAUCCUUCGUCGCGGGCUAACUGUGGAAGGCCUCAAGCAAUUUAUUCUCGCCCAAGGAUCGUCGAGAUCUGUGGUAGUUAUGGAAUGGGAUAAAAUCUGGGCAUUCAACAAAAAAGUCAUCGAUCCUGUUGCCCCGCGCUACACGUGUAUAGAGGCAGAUGACCACGUGGAAGUUCAAGUUUCGUCGCCAAAUGGUGAAAGAUUGGCCGUUAACGAGAAAUUUGUGCCACUGCAUCCGAAAAUGAAAGAUGGGCAACAGAAGACAAUUCUUACUGCACCACUCGUCCUCAUUGAUUCCCAAGAUGCAGAAAUUCUUGUGGAAGGACAAAAUGCUACCUUCAUAAACUGGGGAAAUCUCCUCAUCAAGAAGAUACACAGGAGCGGGGAAAAGAUAGUCCGUGUGGAUGCCACCACGAAUCUAAGUGACGAAGACUUCAGGAAGACUCCUAAAAUCACCUGGCUAGCAAAACUGGAAGAACCGGCGCCUGUUGCAGUGGAGUGCGUGUUCUACGACAACGUGAUUUCAAAGCCAGUUUUGGGGAAAGAUGAAGAUUUCAAAUCUUACAUCAAUCCGCAUACAAAGCUGAAGAAGCGACUCCUCGGAGAAAGUGCCAUAAGAAAUAUUGAUGUGGGUGAUAUUGUGCAAGUCCAGAGAGUGGGAUUCUUCAUUUGCGAUGCUCGCUAUAAUCCGUGCAAGUGGGUAACUUUCAGUAAAUUCACUUGCAUUGAAGAACCGUUGGUGCUCAACUACAUUCCAGAUGGAAAAGACGAUCCCGGUUGGGUGAAGACGUUGAAAGCUGCUGCUACUGGUUGUACGGAAAUUCCAACCUCCGCGUCCCCGCGAGCGCAACCACUGGCGUCUAAAGUGAGCGCGGAAAAAGUCGGUGACCGUGCGUGUGCGCAAAUAGAUGCGGACAUUCGGGCCAUAGGGGAUGAAAUCCGAGCUUUGAAGUCAAAGAAAGUCGAAAAGGUUGCGCUGGACCCAAAAAUCAAGCGAUUGCUGGAAUUGAAAUCGGAAUUCAAGAAGAUCUCAGGAAACGAGUGGAAGCCGAGUGCCAUGGAAGCACCAGCCAGGACUGCAUCAGCUCUCGAUGCGGCCAUUGCUGAGCAAGGCGACAAGGUUCGCAAGCUGAAAGCUGCGAAAGCGGACAAGUCGACGAUCGAUGCUGAAGUUAAAGCUCUGCUUGUGCUGAAAGCGGAAUACAAAACGGCGACUGGUUCGGACUGGAGCCCCAAUGCGUCCCCUUUAGUUGAACAAUCCUCGAAAUCUCGUGACGCGGACGCUAUCAGCGUUGAGAUUGCUAAGCAGGGAAACAAGGUGCGUGACUUGAAAGCAGCGAAGGCCGAUAAAGCAGCAAUUGAUGCUGAAGUCAAAAAAUUGCUUGCUUUGAAAGCUGAGUACAAAGAUGCCACUGGUGCGGAGUGGAAACCUGACUCUCCUUCUGGACCCCCACAAAGCGCUGGUGGUGAUUCGUCUGAAGUGACUGCAUUGAGAAAACAAGUUGCUGACCAAGGGGACAAAGUGAGAAAAAUGAAGGAGUCGAAAGCCCCGGCCGUUGAAGUAGGUGUGGAGGUUGAAAAGCUUCUCACGCUGAAGAAACAACUGCAGGGACUGACCGGUGAAACCUUGAUAGCUCCGCAGAAGUCAAAGCCGAAGUCACAGACUAAUGUGAAAGCCCCGCCAAAAACUGCGCUGAAACCAGCUGAAGAAACGGCAACAGGUUUGAAACACCUGACGAGGCUUGGGUUAGAAGCGAAGAAAGAGGAUAAUUUAGCAGAAUGGUACACUCAAGUCAUCACAAAAUCCGAGAUGAUUGAGUAUUACGAUGUUAGCGGCUGCUAUAUUUUCCGCCCUUGGUCGUACAAGAUUUGGGAAGGGAUCGUGAAAUUUUUUGAUGCCGAAAUAAAGAAACUCGGCGUUGAGAACUGCUACUUUCCGAUGUUCGUUACGAAAGGCGCUCUUGAGCGUGAACAAACUCAUGUUGCUGACUUUGCGCCAGAGGUGGCUUGGGUUACAAAAUCCGGGCAAAGUGAACUGGCCGAGCCGAUCGCUAUUCGACCAACGAGUGAGACCGUGAUGUACCCUGCAUAUGCGAAAUGGAUCCAGUCUUACAGAGAUCUGCCAAUCAAGCUGAAUCAGUGGAACAGUGUUGUUAGAUGGGAAUUCAAGCACCCGCAACCAUUCUUGCGUACCCGCGAGUUCCUUUGGCAAGAAGGACACUCCGCUUUUGCUAACAAAACGGAAGCUGAAGAAGAAGUGUAUACCAUUCUGAAUUUAUACCGAAGGAUUUAUGAAGAACUCUUGGCCAUACCUGUUAUACGCGGAAAGAAAACCGAGAAGGAAAAGUUCGCUGGCGGAGAUUUCACGACAACUACGGAAGCAUACAUAUCAGCGUCUGGGCGUGGUAUUCAGGGUGCCACGUCGCAUCACCUGGGUCAGAAUUUUUCGAAAAUGUUUGACAUUGUUUUCGAUCACCCGGAAACCGGCGAGAAGCAGCAUGUGUAUCAAAAUUCUUGGGGUAUCACGACGCGCACGAUCGGUGUCGUUGUCAUGGUACACGGUGACAAUUCCGGCCUCGUACUUCCUCCGCGGGUUGCAGCUCACCAGGUGGUUAUUGUGCCCUGCGGAGUGGGGGUUAACACAAAACCAGAAGAUGUUAAAGCACUCAUGGAGCAGUGUCGUUCGUUCGGUGACCGUUUGACGACAGCUGGGAUUCGAGCACAUGUCGACUUGCGAGAAAAUUAUUCGCCUGGUUGGAAAUUCAACCAUUGGGAGUUGAAGGGAGUUCCGAUUCGCAUUGAAUUGGGACCGAAAGACAUGAAGAAUCAGGAGUAUGUUGCUGUCCGCCGCGAUACCCUUACGAAGUCCUCAUACAAGAGCGAAUCGUUAGAAAAGGACACUGCUCAUUUGCUGGAAACCAUACAUGACUCAAUGUUCGCCAAAGCCAAGUCGGAAAUGGACUCCUUUACUCUUGUGAGCGAUUCCUGGGAAGAAUUCUGCAACAAGUUGAACGAGAAGUACAUGAUUAUGGCUCCGUUUUGUGGAGACGGGGAUUGCGAGGACCUGAUCAAGAAGGAAAGCGCUCGGUACGAAGUGCCUCUUCCUAAUAAACUUGUGGACGAAAUCGCGGAUGCAGGUGCUCCGGCCAUGGGUGCCAAAAGUUUGUGCAUCCCCUUUGAACAGCCGAAACAGAUUGCUGACGGAAUGAAAUGCGUUCACCCCAAAUGCACGAAAAAGCCAAUUGCGUACACCCUUUUUGGGCGCAGUUACUAAGAACUGUCCGUGCGUUGAUUGAUAAAUGGUACCAUUGAUGUCCUGGAAGAAUAAUAGACGUCGAUGAAGAAGGAACUUCUGCGUUGACUCGGAGGGAUCGUGUGACGGGUUGAGCAUGCUUUUUUCUUUGAGUCUGGGAAGCAAAACUGCUUCGCAUGGGAAACUUUUGUUUGACGCGAAAAUUUUGGUCGCAUGUCCGCAGUCUUCCGCUGAAUCCAUGUAAUCCGGUGUGAAACAGAAGCACUCCUUGUGGAUGGCAAAUGCCGAUUUUGACAAA